AGAUUUUUAAAAUCAACUGUCAAAUUAUUACACGCUACAAAAUGGCGAGCACAGCUUUAUCUUUGUACGAUAAUUUAUAUCAUUAUAUUGAAAACCCAGUCGUUCCUGAAAUCAAAGAUUAUUUCAUGACUGGUAGCCCGCAGAAACUUAUCAUAUUACUAGUAUGCUAUCUGUUCUUCUCCUUACGUCUGGGCCCCUGGUAUAUGAAAGAUAGGAAACCAUAUCAAUUAAGGAACGUCAUCAAAAUAUACAACAUAUUUCAAAUUCUCGUCAGUCUCUAUUUAUUUUAUGAGGGAACGAUUUACUUAUUUUUCACAGAUUUCAAUUUUACCUGCCAAGGUAUAGGUGAUUUAAAUUCACCGUCCACAUCAAGGAUAGCAAAAGCAGUGUGGUUAUAUUACAUUGUGAAAUUAAUCGAUCUCAUGGACACGGUAUUUUUCGUGCUUCGAAAAUCAGACAGACAAAUUACGUCACUUCACGUCCAUCAUCACACACUGAUGCCGAUUGCUACAUGGGUCGGUGUAACAUUCAUGCCAGGAGGUCAGGGUGUCAUCAUAGGAUAUAUCAAUUCUCUGGUGCAUGCUGUUAUGUAUACUUACUACCUACUCUCCGGUCUAGGAGAUGAGUACAAGAAAUUUCUCUGGUGGAAGAAAUAUUUAACUAUGCUACAAUUGGUACAGUUCACAAUCAUUGGGAUUCACAGUGUCAAUAGUUUAUUUUACCCAUGCUCCUACCCUGUUAUACUAAAAUUACUUACUAUAUUCUAUGCAAUUCUGUUCCUAAAUAUGUUUGGAAAUUUUUACUAUAACAACUAUAUAAAGAGCAAGAACGAUAAAGAUAUAAAAAAUGUAUCCAUGGGAAUAAGCAAGGCUAACAAUAAAACGCAUUAA